AUGACGUCUGCUCUGCUUAUUCUUCCGCUAGUUGCGUGGACCAUCGCCGUGGGCGUAUUGGGUGAGACGGUAACUGUUGGACAUGCAGCUCUUCCAAUUGAUCAUACCGACGCAUCUGUUGGGACAUUCCAAAACCGCUACUGGGCGAAUUACCAGUAUUACCGCCCAGGAGGGCCAGUGUUUGUUCACGAUGCUGGAGAAAGCAACGCAGAGCCCACCGCGGAGCGCUAUCUGGGAGAUUCCUCCUCGUACCUGGUAGACUUUCUACGAGAGUUCCAUGGAGUUGGCGUCGUCUGGGAGCACCGUUACUUUGGCGAGUCAGUGCCCUUUCCGGUCAAUCUGACCACGCCGUUUGAGCACUUCCAAUAUCUCACAACCCUGCAAGCACUGGAGGAUAUUCCAGCAUUUGCGCAAACCUUUCGCCAUCCACACACCGGAGUAGACCUCAGCCCUCGCACUGCUCCAUGGGUGAUGAUUGGCUGUUCUUACCCCGGGGCGCGAGCUGUCUUUUCGCGGGCCAAACACCCCGAGACCUUCCACGCUGUCUAUGCAUCCUCCGCCGCAGUCGAGGCUGAAAACAACGGCAAUAUGUAUUUCCAGCAGGUGUACCGAGGAAUGGUCGGCCACGGCUAUGAGAAUUGUACUCGAAGCCUGCGUCAAAUCGUAGAGUAUGUGGACAAUCAGCUAUCAUCCGGGCCCUCCAAUGCAUCGGCCAUCAAGAGGCUGUUCUUUGGCCCUGGGGCUGAGUAUAACUCGCACGAAGACUUCGCCUCAGCACUAGCAGCUAUAUACAACAAGUUCCAGAGCAAUGGAAUGGCCGGGGGGAAUUCAAGUCUCCCCGGGCUCUGCGACUACCUCGAGCGCACCCCCAAGACAGAAGACUCGUACGCUCUAACGAAACGGUUCGCCUCCUGGCCACCCUUUAUUGGGAUUAUCAACAUAUAUUCCCAGACCAACUGCGGCGGUCAGAACUCCUCCCUCCCAUUAUCGUGUGAUUUAUCACAGAAGAGGGCUGCAGAUCAAGCGCUUAUCUCGUGGAUGUGGAUGGUGUGCUCGGAAUGGGGGUCAGGGACCGGGCCCGCUCCAGAACCCUACCCCAUUGUAUCCAAGUAUAUCCUCUCCAACGAUAGCAAAGCUGGCAUCUGUAACGCGCAGUUUCCCGGUGCCAUUGAUGCAGGUGCUCUCCCUGCCCAGCCAGAGACGGCCCGGCUUAAUCGGGCUACUGGGGGCCGGCAUGUUCGGCCCUCCAACACCUUCUGGACUGUUGGCGAGUUCGACCCUUGGCGGUCACUUACGCCUCUGACGGGGACAGGAACAGCUGCCUCCAGCGCAGUAGAGUAUAUCUUGCCCAAGGCGGAGCAUUGCUAUGAUUUUCGCACCUCCUUAUCCUCUGCAAAUACUGCGCGAAACCAGUUUGUCGACCAUCUGCGGGUGUGGCUGCCCGAGUGGCGCCCAAUGUGAACCUUGCCGUUAUGCUCGUCGUCUUUUUAAACUAUGUUAGGGGUACUCACUGGCGUAAGAUGGCCGACCUGGAUGAAUAUGAGAUGUAACCUGGUAUC